AUGCUCGCAAAACACCUCAAUCGCCCCCUCACUUCACCUCCUUGUCCUGCUUCGUCUUCGUCUGCCCCUCCCCCACAGUUCCCUUCUGGCAUUCCAGCCAAGAACAAAGUAGAUCCCAAGGACGUUCCGCCUUCUACGCCUGUUACUCUUCCUCGCUUUCAACCUUUCGCUCACGAUGAUGAUCCUGUUGACGAAGCUGUUGCGCUAUCCACCCUGCUCCGAAACACCGGACGAUCAGCCGCCGCCCUCGGUCCUCUCGGUUUCUCUGCAAUUGGCCUCAAUCUGAACCUCGAUGCCAAGUCUUCCGACCUGAUUCCCGACCCUUCGUUGAUCCCCGAUUUCGAUAGCUGGGAUAAGUUGACACCAGACGAUGCCCAGGAGCAGAACCAGUCUACCCGAAAACCUUUGAGGAAUGGCAACCUCUCGCCUGGGUGCCACGUUUACCUCGAACGAAAGAAGGAACUGUCAAACAUCAAUGAAGACGCCUUUCGAACUGUCAGAAGACUUCCACAGCCCAAGGGAAAGGCACAGGCUCGAUUAGGGAAUGCCUAUGAGUUUUUCCGCUGCCUUGAAGCCUUGACUUCUUUCUGGGACGACCCAACUCAGCCAUUGCCACUCCCUCCAUCUCCCGAGGCUUCUCCUGAAGUCACAUCGUCCGCAGCAACCGCGAAUUCGGGAGACACAAAACCUGCGGUUCCCAGAGCUGACGAAGCUCCUAACUUUUUCAGAACCAGUGCCGGAUCGUCUAUGCCGCUAGAAUAUCGCAACAAUCUUAUGACGGCAUUCAUCAAGCUUGUUGCAUAUGAUUUUGGAUGUAACGUCUCACCAGCGCGAACCGAACCCCGACUUCACUUCAGUUCAGCCCAAGGAUCUGGAUCUCGCAAAUCAUUCUGUCCCUCUGGAUGUCUUUUUGUAUUCCAGAGCCCCACAACCCGUGAAGCUGCUCGAGCAGGUGUAGUUCAUGGUCCUGUGGCUGCCGUCAGUGCCAGAGGUACAACUGACUUCACUCAACCGGACCCUGAGACUGCGCAGUCGCUUGACCUCGCUCGCGAAAUCAUAGCAGCGCUCAUCACAGCGCAACACCGUGCGCGUGAAGGAAAAACGGAGAAGCGAUUUGGCGAAGGAGAAUGGUGGACGACCAAAAAGCGCUGGGGAGGCGGUCCCGGAGGACCUAUCGGACGUGAGAUUGAGAAAGAUGCGGUGCAGGGCGACAAGGACGCAAAACCCAGCGACGCCGACGGCUUGCCGAUGCCAGUCGCCAAGAAACCCCGCAAGAACAUGAGCAUCUACGACAACUACCGCAUGAUUCGACCUCCGUCGGCGACAUGGGAUAAGAAAGCCCAGUAUGAAGCUAUCGGACGACGCAAGGGAGCCAAUCACGACGAUAUCUUUGUGGUAAGCUCGCUGUUUCACCACGUCUCGAUUCUUCGCGUCAAGGUACCCAACCGGUUGCUCGAGGCUCUGGAAGGGGCACGCGAGCCAGAUGCGUCUAAUCGUAGCUGGGGCAAGGCCGAGGCUUGGAGGAGUCCCUGGUACGAUCUGUUUGACACGGCGCAACGACUGGAAGCUAUGAAGCUAGUAUGGGGUAUGAUGGCUUAUCAGAUGAGAAAGGAUCAUAUUUCCGAUGGGGACGUUGACAUGACCAAUACUUAA